AUGAACCUGACGGAGUUUAACCAGUCUGAUCUCUGUGAGCAUUUCUCCUGUCCAGAGAGAUCUGGAUCUCCUGCAGUUUAUAUCUUACUGUACGUGUGUUCAGCUGCUGUGGUUCUUCUAACACUGUGUGGAAAUAUGCUCGUCAUCAUCUCUGUUCUUCACUUCAAGCAGCUUCACACACCGACAAACAUGCUCGUGUUCUCUCUGGCUGUGUCGGAUUUCCACGUUGGUGCUUUAGUAAUGCCGCCGAUGUUAAUCUGGACAAUCGAGUCAUGCUGGAUUUUUGGGAGAGAUUUCUGCAUCAGUUUUUGGUUAAUUAGUGGUUUCCUCAUAAACCUCUCCAUUUAUAAUAUCGCUCUGAUCGCUGUGGAUCGGUAUUUGGCUCUCUCAAACCCCUUUCUCUACAUGAACAGAGUGUCUGUGAGGAUCACUGGUAUUGUAAUUGUAUUUGUCUGGUGUGUGGUGCUGGCCUAUUUCUCAGCACUCUUAUAUUGCAAUGGAAACUUCAUGGGUUUUGUAAUAUGUCCUGGAGAGUGUUUACUCUAUCUGAAUGAGGUUUUGUACGUAAUUGACCUUAUAUUUUCAUGUAUAUUUCCACUCUCUGUCAUAAUCAUAUUGUAUACUCGAGUGUUUGUGAUUGCUAAGAAACAUGCCACUGCUAUCAGAGAGCUUAAUAAUCACACACGGCCUAAAACACAGAAAAUCACCUCACACUCGAUGAAAUCUGAGAGAAAAGCAGCUAAAGUCCUGGGCAUUUUAGUGUCUGUGUUUCUGAUGUGUUUACUUCCGUAUUUUAUUUACAGUUUAUUAGGUGAUGUUAUUGAAGUACAGACAGAAACAUUUCAGAAACUUGUGAUUGUGCUUUAUCUUAAUUCCACCAUUAAUCCUGUUAUUUAUGCUCUGUUUUACCCGUGGUUUAGGAGGUGCAUUAAAUUAAUUAUAACUCUGCGAAUAUUCCAGACAGACUCUGCAUUAAUCAAUAUUCUUUCAUAAAUAGCCUCUUUUUGAUGAUGUGCCUAAAUGUUGAUUUUAUAUUAGAUUUAAUUUAAGUUUCUGUAACAAAUCUAAUUCCCACCAUCAAUAUAAUAAAUAUUUACAGUACUGUAUUAUAUUAUAUAAGAGCUUUAUUCUGUUUGAUAUUAUAUAUUAUUCAAUACGGUGUUGAUCUGGAUAUUUGGGGAGAGGUUUCUGACAUUUUUUUUUGUUUGUUUUUGUUUUGCUUACUGUUUAUUUUUCACGAUAUUAUCCAUCUAUAAUAACACUCUGAUCGCUGUGGGUCAUUUCACUCUCUAUACAAACACAGUCUCUAGGACGACUAUGCGUAGUAUCAUGUUCUUUAAUCGCUGUGUGUCUGGUGUAUAAACAUAGCAUUCUUUAUUCCAAGGGAAACGUCAUGAGUUUUGUGACGUGUUCUGGGUCUGGGUUUUUGGUGUGUUUAUUCUGUAUUUUAUUUACAGUUUAUUAGGUGAUGUCAUCACACUACAGACAGAAACAUUACAGAACUUAUAAGCAGGUUUUAUCUUAAUUCCUCCAUAAAUCUAUUAAUUUAUUUAUUGUCUGUGGGUUUAGGAGGUGCAUUAAAUUAAUUAUAACUCUGCAUAUAUUCCAACCGAGCUCUGCAUUAAUAAAUAUUCUUUCAUUAAUAAUCUUUUUUUCUGUUUAGUUCUUCUGAUGAUAUGGCUAAAUAUUGCUAUUGUAAAUAAUUUUAACUUUACUGAAAUAAAUCAAAUCUCCCCAACACCCACACAUCUCAUCUGUUAAUUGUGUGCAUUAACAUAUAUGGUCCAAGGGCAAACAAGUU